GAGUUCAGGCAAAGAAAAAAAAAAUACCAAACCUGUGACGCCUCAAACCAAGAACUCGAAGAGAACUGAAAUUCUACUCCGAAGUCACUGCGAUUUUUGGGUGCCCUACUCGCAGCUUCGUCAUCAUAUCUUCUUCUAGUUUUGUCCUAAGCAGAGCAGGGCCGUUGAUUUCUCUUGGCACUAAAAAAAAGUGGGUUCCAAAAAGUAAAAGUAAACCAAGCAGCAGGGAGAGAAAGGAAAGAGCACAGUAAACGUGGCACCAUUCCCCAUACGUUGUCCCUUGACUAUACUUCCCCACACAUCCUUUCCCCCUUAACCUCCGUCUCGCCGUCGCCGUUCCCUCUCUCCGAACUCGAUUUCCCUCGCUGUUCGAAUCUCUCCCUCCGUCGAAGCAGAGAGCUUCCUCCUUCCGCCGUCCAUGAAAUUCUGAUUCUUCCAACGGGCUUCCUUUGAGGUUUCUGUAGCUUGUAUGGUUCAUUCAAGUUCUUGAAAUAGAGUCUCUGAGUAUAUGAGUGAUCAUGGGAUCAGCAUGUUGUGUUGCUGCAAGAGAAAGAACCAUUCCUAGCAGAACUCAAAGUCAGCCUUUGCACAGGAACAUAACAUGUUCACCAUCGUGGAGUUUCCGAUGGGAUAAUCGAAGGCGUGUAGCUGGUGAAAUUCAGGAGCCUUCAUAUCAGGGGUCACAUGGAAUCAGCAGGGAUGUUAGCAUGGAGAUGAAAGGUGUUUUGGGAUCUGGGAGAGGUAAUCUUUCUGAUCAGGGAAGCCCACUGGAGAACUAUGGUACACCCACUUCUGAAAAAUCACCAGCCCAUGAAGGAGGCAGGAAUUUGUUGACACCUCAUUCAGAGAUAUCUACAGCAAGCAAUUAUUCUACAGAGGUAAGAAACUUGGCAGAAUCACCAGAUAAUGCAGGUUCAUCUGCUCCAAAGCUAUCAAUUCCAAUGACUUCAUCACUCUCACAACAAAGUACGGAUACCACAUGCAUUCAUCUCCAUCCUGCAAACUCAACACCUUCUAGAGGGGCCUGCCGUUCACCUGGUCACCAACUGUUGAGGCAGGUUUCUGACAGUCGAAUCCUUGGACUGAAAUCACCAAACAACUGCUCAUUAGCUGAAGGAAGAUCAUCUUUUGUGCUUUCAGCAUGCAGCAAUGACUUAAUGGCUGGAUCUCAUGGUUCUGAUGGCUGGUCUAUGCGCACUUUUUCUGAGCUUGUAGCCUCUUCACAAAGAGAAAGAUGGUCUUUUGACAGUGAGCAUUUUGGUCCUGGUCCUGGGAAGAUAAGUGGAUGUAGCAGCAGGUUCUCAUAUUCUCCUUCUAUAGAUCUUCAAACUUGUGGGGCUUGCGCCAAGCUCUUGACAGAGAGAUCGUCAUGGACCAGCAAUGAGCUCUCAGCGGUUGCUGUACUUGUCUGUGGACAUGUUUACCAUGCUGAAUGUUUGGAGAUCAUGACACCUGAGGCUGACAGAUAUGACCCACCAUGCCCGAUAUGUACAAUUGGAGAAAAACAGGUCUUGAAGAUGUCUAAAAAGGCUCUGAAAGUUGAAGCAGAGUUCAAGUUGAAAAAUCUUAAGAUGUUGAGGAAUAGGGUUGUAGAUAGUUAUGUUGAUGGUGAUUGUGAUGAUUUCCAUCACCAAAGAAAUGCCAAGCGAGAAGGUAAAGCUCCAAAGUUGGAACCAAGUUCAAGCACAAGAAGCUCCUUAGCAAAGCCUUUCUUGAAACGGCACUUCUCAAUUGGAUCCAGGUGGGGUAGGUCCCUGUUGGAGAAUGAUUCUGCAAGGAAGAAGGGUUUCUGGGCAAAAUAUUGGAAAGAUUAAGUUCCCUGCCAUACUAGUGAUAAGUGGAGUGAGUGCCUCCAAUUAACCAUCAAGUAUGCUUUUGGUUUUGGCUACAUUCCCUCCAAUGGUUUGAUAAAAAGGCUGCAAAUCACAAAUAUAAUUAUCAUGUUAAUCUGAAGGAAGGCUGCAAUGAUCUUCUGUUGAGGCUUUCAACACAAUCUCUGUCUCACUUCCCUGAAGCUACGGAUCCCUACAUCUUUUCAGGUAAUACCAUCAGCUGCAUGGCCGUUGAAGGGACACUACCUAGACACGCCUAAUCACUUGAGCCUAUAGUAUGUUUUUUAUGUGGCCUGUUUUGGGCAAGGCUUGAGUUUGCGACCAACUUUGAAUUGGUCUGGAAUAAAACUUUACGAGUAGUAAUUUUGCAGCACAAUAGGGAAAAAGAUCAUAUUAUCAUUUGGUUUUAUAAGUUGGGUAUUGUAGGAACUUGGUUAUUUUUCUCAUCUCUAAUUCAUCUGAACAAAGAAAUGAGCUUGACUCUCAUGGAGGAGUGAUGUCACACUCUAAUUGAAUAUCUCUCACUUUUGACGUACUUGGAUCUUGUAGAGAAAUGAGGAAAAUGAAAUUUGCACGUUUACAAUUCCCUAGU